AUGAGGCCUGGACCUGAUCGGUUUGGAGUCCCGGACACCAUAGUCACAGACAAUGGCACCCAGUUUGACAAUGAUGAGCUUAGGGCUUAUAUUGAGAACUUGGGAACUAGAAUCCUCUAUGCGUCCCCGGCUCACCCCCAGACCAAUGGUCAGGUUGAGGCUGUCAACAAGAUAAUCAAGAAAAUAUUGAAGAAGAAACUCAAUGAGGCCAAGGGUCUUUGGGCCUCUAAACUCCCGGAGGUAUUGUGGGCUAUCAGGACAACGACGACAGACGCUACCAGAGAUACCCCUUUCUGCAUGGCUUUUGGGUCUGAGGCGGUCCUCCCCAUUGAAACUUAA